AUGACCACCAAACCAGUCCUCUCCAAUCCCCAGCUCACAGCAAUCACCGCCGCAGACCUCGCUUUCGAGCGCGAGAAAGCUGCCAUAACGUCUUAUGAAGAAGGCUGGGAUCGAUGGGACGGGCCGAUCUAUCCUAUUGGCUUUGUGCAGUGUCGGAUGCCUGACUAUUUCCGCGCAGAGGAAGAUGGAUACGUUGCGCCAAGCGCAAUCGAGGAGAUGAAGGCUAAAGGCGUGGAAGUUACGGUGAUGGAGGUCAGUGAGAAGUGA